UCAAUUAACCGCUCCUCAGAUUUCCGGUUUAUUCUUAACCGUGGCAUUUAUUCCGGUUCGUACCGUUAACCGCAGCAUUUCAAAGCUUUGAUUUCUCCACACACUCUCCAACAGUCCGUGUUCUUUUCGGUUAGUGUCAAUCGGUUCUUAUGCUGAAUCGAAUUCUCUGCCAAGGAAGAAAGCUUCAUGCUCAUCUCGUGACAUCUGGUACCUCUCGCUUGACGUGAAUUGCAGCUAAGCUCGUGGAAUGUGGGAGUGUUACAGAUGCUGGGAAGGUGUUCGAUGAAAUGCCUAAGAGAGAUAUUAGUAGAUGUGUUGUCAUGAUUCGGGCUUAUGCUCGAAACGGGUAUUACCAGGAACUAGAUAACUCAGGAAUGGAUUGCUUCUAUCCAGUUUGUACGCCAAUGGUGGUAGUUGGGAAAGUGUUGUAAGAAUGAAGAAGAUGAUAAAGAAGAAGAGGUUGAUAAGGUUUCCAGGCAGCAGCUGGAUCUGAAGUUUCCAUCUGUCUCCCUGAGCUUCUUUUUAUUCCCACACUGACGAAAUAAUGGAUGAAAAGCAAGUGAAGAAGAGAAGGAUAGUGUUGGUUCCAGUACCAGCGCAAGGGCAUGUCACUCCCAUUAUGCAACUCGGGAAAGCUCUUCACUCUAAAGGCUUCUCCAUCACUGUUAUUCAGACACAGUACAAUCGAGUUAGCUCAUCCCAAGACUUCUCUGAUUUUCAGUUUCUCACCAUCCCAGGUACUUUAACUGACUCUGAUCUUCAAAGCCUCGGAGCACUCCGUUUUCUGAUGAAGCUCAACCAAAUCUGCGAGGCAAGCUUCAAGCAUUGUUUUGGUCAACUAUUGCAAGAACAAGUCAGCCGUGAUGAUAUUGCUUGUGUCAUCUACGAUGAGUAUAUGUACUUCUCUGCAGCUGCAUUUAAGGAGUUUCAACUUCCCAGUGUUAUCUUCAGUACUACUAAUGCUACUGCCUUUGUCUGUCGCUCUGUUUUGUCCAAAGUCAACGCUGACAAGUUCUUGAUCGACAUGAAAGAUCCUGAAGUGCAAAACAGUUUGUUUCCAGGGUUGCAUCCUCUAAGGUACAAGGACCUACCAACUUCAGCUUUUGGGACACUAGAGGAUAGCAUCAGUCUCUACAGUGAAGCUGUUAACACUCGAACAGCUUCGGCUGUUAUCUUCAACUCAGCUAGCUGUCUAGAGAGCUCGUCUUUGUUACGGCUACAACGAGAACUACAAGUUCCGGUUUAUCCUAUAGGCCCACUUCACAUUGCAGCUUCUGCGCCUUCUAGUUUACUAGAAGAAGACAGAAGCUGCAUUGAGUGGUUGAACAAGCAGGAACCAACGUCAGUGGUUUACAUAAGCUUGGGAAGCUUAGGUCUAAUGGAAAACAAAGACAUGUUGGAGAUGGCUAGGGGGUUGAGUAAUAGCAACCAGCCUUUCUUAUGGGUGAUCCGACCAGGUUCCGUUCCCGGGUCAGAAUGGACAGAGUCCUUACCAGAGGAGUUCAGCAAGCUGGUUUCAGAGAGAGGUUACAUUGUGAAAUGGGCCCCGCAGAUGGAAGUUCUGAGACAUCCUGCAGUAGGAGGGUUCUGGAGUCACUGUGGAUGGAACUCAACGCUAGAGAGCAUUGGGGAAGGUGUUCCAAUGAUCUGCAGGCCCAUCACUGGAGAUCAGAAAGUCAAUGCGAGGUACUUAGAGUGCGUUUGGAGACUUGGGAUUCGUUUGGAAGGAAAACUGGAGAAAGAAACUGUGGAGAGAGUUGUGAAGAGGUUGAUUGUGGGUGAAGAAGGAGCAGAUAUGAGGAAGAGAGCCAUUGAUUUGAAAGAGAAGCUCGAAGCCUCUGUCAGAAGUGGAGGUUCCUCAUGCAGCUCAUUAGACAACUUUGUCAACUCCUUGAAAACCAAGAAUUUCAUGCAGCAAUGAGAUUGUUUGUGUUCAAAGUCAAAAGCGUAAGAGAUUCAUUUACCAUUAUGUAGCAAAUGGUUUUAUGUCCUAAGUUUCAUCUUGUUUUUUAUUCUCAAGUUUUGGAUGCUUUAAAUCCUGUAUUGACCAUUGAUGGAAAAAUCAAGCUGGUUAGUCCAAGCUA